GUAUGGAAUAUUUGAAUUGCCUGUUGCAGCCCGCCCAGGGAGGACAAAGGCAUGUGCUACGAGCAGUCGAGGAUGUUCCGUCGCGGAAUGGCCAUCUCGAAGAAGACAUUCCGUUUCGCCUUGCCACUUCCUCUGACCAUGAUGAUGGUUCUCUCUGUCCUCAUCGGGAUCGUGGUGGAUACGGUCAUCAACUUCGAGACCGUGGACUGGGCCGAGAAAGUGGGCGACUUCUGCCUCCGCUGCAACGGCCUGGGGCACUGCAUCCACGCCUACGUCUGGACCAAGGAGAUCGACCGCCUCUCGGACGCCGUUGACGUCUGGUUGAGCUACAGACUGUUGGAGGAGGAGGGACAGAGGCUGAAGAAGGAGUGCCAGGAGUGGAUGGAUUCCUUUAAUUAUUAUUUUAGUAACUUCAUGAACUUUGGACAAGUCGGCCUUAUCCUUCUUCCUUUCACCAAGCUCUUGGGAGACGCGGUUGUCUCCGACCUCUACAUCUUCAAGAUGUGGUCACCAUUGCCGACAGAGGAAUGGUGGGCCACGUUGCUCGUGUACUGCUACCAGAUCUGCACUAACAUGAUCAACUUCGUCAUCUACGAGGGACUGACGUCGUACGUGGCCAGCGUCUCCGUCAACAUCGGACACCAGGUGCGGCUGAUGGGGCUGUCUUGCGGCACGGUGCAGCAGAGGGCGGCGCGGCUGGCAGACAUGCGGCAGCGCAGAAUCACCGACCCUGCCAGGUGGCAUGCCAUCUACUGUGCAGAGCUCAACAGAGAGCUCGCGUUCAGUGCUCGUCAUUUCCAGCAACUCUACAGGAACGCAGAAGAGAUGUGCCGGAUCUUCUCAGGAUUGGUUGAUUUAGUCUUCUAUUCUGGAAUGAGUAUGGUUAUCAUGUUCGGUUUGAAAAUCGUCACCGAAAAAGAAAACAAAAUUAUUUUCAUAAUGUCAACACUGUUCGUUAGUUUAGUGAUCGCCAACCAAUAUUUAUAUACUAUCAUCAAUGAUAGUAUAUCAGAUGAGAUCAUAGCUUUGCAGUUCACGAUCUACGAUAGUCCUUGGCACCAGCUACCAUUAAGAUGUCAGAAGAGCAUCCACAUCAUGCAAACAAUGGUGAGGAAAAUGCCUACUCUCACCAACAUCAUGGGCCUCCACGUAGAUCGCGAAAUGUUCCUCAAGGUGAUAAAUGCUACGUACUGCUACAUUAGUACUUUAUUAUCUAUGGAUAUAUGA